AUGUCUUCCCUACGAUUCCUUGACUUGGUCAAGCCAUUCGUGCCGUUCCUCCCCGAGGUUCAGCAACCCGAGAACAAGCCCAAGUUCGAGCAGAAGCUCAUGUGGACUGGCCUCACCCUCCUGAUCUUCUUGGUCAUGAGCCAGAUGCCCCUCUACGGCAUCGUAUCGUCCGACAACUCCGAUCCACUGUAUUGGCUGCGCAUGGUCAUCGCCAGUAACAGGGGUACCCUGAUGGAGCUGGGCAUCACGCCCAUCAUCUCUUCUGGCAUGGUCUUCCAGCUGCUUGCCGGCACCCACAUGAUCGACGUCAACCUUGACCUCAAGUCCGACCGCGAGCUGUACCAGACUGCUCAGAAGCUCUUUGCCUUUAUUCUCUCUGCCGGUACCGCCACCGUCUACGUCUUCACCGGUCUCUACGGUCCUCCCUCCGAUCUCGGUGCUGGUAUCGUCUUCCUGCUCAUUCUCCAGCUCGUCGUGGCCGGCAUGAUUGUUAUUCUGCUCGACGAGCUCCUCCAGAAGGGCUACGGUCUUGGCAGCGGCAUCUCGCUGUUCAUUGCCACCAACAUCUGCGAGUCGAUCGUCUGGAAGGCGUUCUCGCCCACCACCAUCAACACUGGUCGUGGCCCCGAGUUCGAGGGUGCCGUCAUUGCUCUGUUCCACCUGCUCAUGACCUGGGACAACAAGCAGCGCGCUCUCCAGGAGGCCUUCUACCGCCAGAACCUUCCCAACAUUAUGAACCUGCUCGCCACCGUGCUCGUCUUCGCCGCCGUCAUCUACCUGCAGGGCUUCCGCGUCGAGAUUCCCGUCAAGUCCUCGCGCCAGCGCGGUGCCCGCGGCUCUUACCCCGUGCGCCUGUUCUACACCUCGAACAUGCCCAUCAUGCUGCAGUCGGCUCUGUCCUCCAACAUCUUCCUCAUCUCGCAGAUGAUGUACUCGCGCUUCUCCGACAACCUCUUGGUUCGUCUCUGCGGUGUCUGGGAGGCCAAGGAGGGCUCCUCGCAGCUUCACGCCGUCUCCGGUCUCGUCUAUUACAUGUCGCCCCCCGUCAACUUCCGCGAGGCACUGCUCGACCCCAUCCACACGACCGUCUACAUUGUCUACAUGCUCGGUGCCUGCGCUCUCUUCUCCAAGACCUGGAUUGAGGUGUCUGGCUCCAGCCCUCGCGACGUUGCCAAGCAGCUCAAGGACCAGGGUCUCGUCAUGGCCGGCCACCGCGAGCAGAGCAUGUACAAGGAGCUCAAGCGUGUAAUCCCCACUGCUGCUGCCUUUGGCGGCGCUUGCAUUGGUGCGCUCUCCGUCGCCAGUGAUCUCAUGGGUGCUCUGGGCUCCGGCACCGGUACUCUCCUCGCUGUCACCAUCAUCUAUGGCUACUUCGAGAUCGCUGCCAAGGAGGGGGAUCUGUCCGGUAUGAAGGGCAUGAUCAUGGGCUAA